CCGCUGCCCGCCGUGAACUUUCUCCCCGGUGAGUCACUUCCCUUCGCGCCCGGCGCCAAGGUCCCCUGCCCCGGCCCGCCAGCGCCAUGGCUGCGGGGAGCCCCGCGCCCGCCCUUCCCGCGUCCCAGCACCUCCGCGCGCUGCUCUACGCCGUGCAGCCCAGCGAGAGCUCCUUCCGCAGCCUGCACGAGGUGCCCAGCUACGUGGACCAGGUUGUUCCACUAUUCGUUGUCUUUAUUCUUCUGGAGCUUGUUGUCAGCAGUAUUCAGAGGCACAAGCUGUCAUAUCGGAUCAAUGAUGCUAUAAGCUCUCUCUCUGCGGGUAUCCUGUCUCAACUUCCUGAGGCUGUGUGCAGAGGUUUUGAGUUAACUGGUUAUGUCUACAUAUGGGAAAACUACAGACUCUAUGAACUGCCAUGGGACUCACCAUGGACAUGGUAUUUGACACUACUGGGAGUAGACUUUACAUAUUACUGGUUCCAUCGCCUGGCUCAUGGAACGCAGAUAAUUUGUCUCUCAACAGGUUGUGGAAAUCUCAGACCUUCACCUGAAUUUUGUCCCUCAGAUGCAACCCUUCCAACUCUUUGGUAGUAUACCUCCAUUAAGGCUGUCCUAUUAGAAAUGCUUUAUUGACUACGAAGACUGCCAGGGAUCUCUGAUGGUGAGGUAGCUCCAUGGAAGAUGUGCAAAAUGUGUUGAAGCUGUGUUAAGACUUCAUGGCUAGAUUCCAAAGGAAUGGAAGGAGGACAGUGUGCUUUCCUGCACGUUCCUUGGGAAGUGCCUUAGACUGGAUGGAGAGGACUUCACAAGGGAUGUACAAAGGGAGGGUGCUACCAAAGAGGCUGAUUCACUUUUCUGAGAAGUUGCAUGAUCCAUAUAUGGCUCAGAGGAAGUGUUUUGUCAUAGUCUAACCCCCAGAAUGAAUCAGGAAUUCUGAAUGCAAAGCAACGAACAGCUUCUGGAGAUGCAAGCUUUGGGAGGUGGGAGGGUGUUGUUUUUCCUAAUAUAUAAAUACUGCACAAUACUAAUCCUAGUAAAGUCAACCAGUUCAUUAGUUCAUAAAAUGAUAUUUUCAUUUUUGAGCCAUUUGGGUGUACAAUAUUUUGACAGAAAAAGAAACCAAGCAAACUGCAAAAGUAACACUUGUCAAAAUCUGACUUUACCGUUCCUAUUUGUUUGGAAUUUAUUGUUCAGACACUAGAAUCUUAGUUACUUUUUUUGUCUGAUCCUUUCAUGCCAUUACAUAUUGACUGUUCUCUGUAUUUAAUAAUAAUUAUUAUUAAUGUGUAUUUAAUAAUGGUUCCUGAAGUUAGCAUACAGUGAAGGGUUUAUUAGUAGGCUUUAACAAUGAGAGUUGGUGGUAUGCUGGGAGAACUUCCAGAUUUACAGAUUCAUUGUAGUUAACAAAUUACAUUGUAAAGUGUGACUUUUGUGAUUAGAAAUGCUUUUUCCACAGGGAAAAUGUAUAUUCCUUUCAAAAUAUAAUAAAU